AUGGCGCUUCAUGUGGGCAUCGCGCCCGUCACACUGGCCUUUGCUGGCCGAGUGGUGCUCUACAGCGCUGUAUUCGGCCUGGCCUACUUCUUCUACAACCUGUACCAGGUUCGGAUGCUCUUCCGGCGUGCCCGGAAGGAAUAUGGAGUUCAUAUGCUGCCGCACUCGUUCCUCUUCGGCCACCUCCUGGUCUUCGCCAAGGUCGCCAUCAAGCGGAAGCUACCGCGAGAUCUCCACGGCGCGUACACACCUCUGUGGCUCGCGUUGGAAUAUCCCGAGAUCGCCGAGACCGGCCUCGUGUACAUGGACCCGUGGCCUAUCGCGCCGCCCACGCUGGCCGUCUUCGACCCCGAUAUGAUGACGCAGUUCACCGCGGAGAACAGCCAGUUGAAGCAUCCGAAUGUGAAUCGCGAGUUCCUUCCGUUCGCUGGCGGGACCGAUCUCGUCACGAGUGAUGGACUAAUCUGGAAAACGGCCCGACUCAUGUUCAACCCGGGCUUCGCGGUCAAGAAUUUGAUGUCUCUGGUUCCUGGUUUUGUGGAGGAGGCAGUCAGGUUCCGCGAAGUGUUGGGAAAGAUGGCCGACAAAGGUGAUGUUGUCCCACUCGAGAAGGCGACGACCAAUGUAACAGUCGAUAUCAUCGGGCGUGCUGUUCUGGGGGAGCGUCUGGGGGCCCAAGACGGCGGAUCUGUGCCCUUGCUGGACGCCAUGCUGGAGCAACUCUCGCUGCUCUACUUCAACAUCGAGCCGGGCAAGUGGAUGAACCCAAUGAAUCCGUAUCGGCACUGGCGCCUGAAUCGCAAGUUCCGCCAGGCCGCCCUGCCGCGCGUCGAGAACGCCGUGCGCAACUACGAGAAGCUCGAGGGCCCCAAGACCAUCAUCCAGCUCGCCGUCAAGGCAUUCGUCGAGGAGCACGGCCACUCCACGGUUGCAGCCGGUAUCCCGGCCCACUUCGUGGACGGGGUCAUCACGCAGCUCAAGAUUUUCCUCUUGGCCGGCCACGACACCACAGCCACCACGCUCGCUUACGCCUACUAUCUGCUCAGCUGCAACCCCGACAAGCUCGCGCUUCUGCGUGCGGAGGUCGACGAGGUCUUGGGCGCAGAUGCCGCGACCAAGAUAUCCCACGACCCGGCCCUUCUCAACCGCCUGCCGUACGCGCAAGCCACCAUCAAGGAAACGCUGCGCUUGUUUCCGCCCUUGUCCUCGGUGCGCCUCGGCGGCCCCGGGUUCGAGCUGCGCGGCGCCGAGGGCCAGCGCUAUCCGGCAGAGGGCUUCAUGCUGCUCUCCAACUCGGUCGGGUCGCACCGCAGCCCGCGGUGGUGGCGCGACCCGCACGCCUUCGUCCCGGAGCGCUUCCUGCCGGACGCGCCGGCCAGCCUGCGGCCCGUCAAGAACGGCUUCCGGGCGUUCGAGAUGGGCCCGCGCAACUGCAUCGGGCAGGAGCUGGCGGGCCUGGAGCUGCGGCUGAUCCUGGCGCUCACGGUGCGCGAGUUCGACUUUGAGGCCGCGUACCCGGAGGGGGCCGAGACGUUCCUCGGGGAGAGGGCGUACCAGGUGCAGCCGCCGGCGCUGGUGACGGCGCACCCCAAGGGUGGUUUGCCGGUGCGGGUCAGGAGGCGGAGGCCAUAG